GCGUCUUCCCCCCAUUCCCUAAACCCACACAUCUACGACCAUAAUGACACCAUCACCCCACAACUCCCAAACCGAAGCUUCAACAUCCCCCUCUGAGGAACCCAAUCCAACAACCCUCCUCCUAGCCACAGCCGGCGGAGAAGAUUACAACUCAGAGGAAGACGAAGACUUUGACCCUGCCGCCAUCCCACAACGCACCGCGGAAGGGUCAGAAUCGUCGGACUCGGAGCCAGAACGCUCGACAACAAAACUCAAACAGAAGCGAAAACGCCGCAGGGGAUCGUCUUCGUCGGAAGGUAGUUACGGAGGUAUAUCCGGUGGCGAGGGUGGGCUGAUAAAGACCCGGGCGCAGCGAUUAAAAGAGUCUACCGAGAAGGAGAAGGCCGGGGGAGUUCUGGGCGGGGAUGUGGGGGCGACGACGACGGAUGUGGAUGAGUUAUGGCGGCAGAUGAAUUCUAAGCCGAGCCCGAAACGGAGGAGUCCUCUUCCGGAGACAAAGAAGCAGGAGAUGCCGAAUGAGGAGAGGAACGACAAGGAAGAUACAAACACACUUGGCGAAGAAACGAUAAAAAUUUCUCGAACAUACACAUUCGCUGGCAACGUUGUCUCGGAAGCGAAAACAGUUCCCAAGUCCUCGCAAGAAGCGCAGACGUAUUUAUCUACACUACCUUACGCACCUUCUAUUCCUACUCCUUCCGCCGCCCCCGCCCCGGCCAAUGGUUUGCCAUCCCGCCGCCCACCACCUAAAAAGCGCGCCUCGGCUUUCGAUUCUGCCGCUGCGGCACGAAAACCCGCUACACCAGCCCCCGCGCAGAAGCUAAAUACUUUGGAAAAGAGUCGUCUGGAUUGGGCCGGGUUUGUGGAUAAAGAGGGAAUUGGGGAUGAGUUGAAGAAGCACACUUCCGGGGACAAGUCCUACUUGGACCGGCAGGCGUUCCUAGGGAGGGUGGAUGAGAAGAGGGAGAAGGCUUGGAAGGAGGGGAAAGGGAAGUGAGGUCAGAAGAUGGAAAGAAAAGGGGGUUUAAAGGAGGCGGUCGGAUAUGCAGGAGGGCAAGAGAUUUCUCCCUUCUUUUCCGCUUUUUGCUUUGCAUCUCUUGCUAAUGGGGCUGAACCUUUUCCAUACAUUUUUCAGGGACAAAAAUGAAUAAAGCGAGCUGUUCUUUUUCUUUGAACAGAGAUAUAUGUCGGAUAAGUGCUUCUGCUGCAAGGUAGAUGGUAAAUAGAAAGAGAGCAAUGUGAUGCAUCGUAAUAUCAUACG